AUGUCAUCACCAAACGCAAACAUUGCAGCUUCACUACCCUGGCCGUUUCGCAAACACGAAAAUCUCUACUUCUCCUAUGGAAGUAAUCUACAUCUAAUACAGAUGGCUCGCCGUUGCCCAGGGAGCAUCUUUAAAGGAAGGGCAACCCUACCCGGUUACAGAUGGCAGAUCAAUGAGCGAGGUGUGGCCAACGUCGUACCCUCUGCCGAUGGGUCUUGUGUCGAAGGACUAGUCUACUCCAUCACACCUGAAGACGAGAAAGUUCUUGAUAGAUCAGAGGGCGUGUCUAAAGGCUUCUACGAUAGACAAACAUUAAGAGUGAAACUCGAGCUGCAUGCGCAAUAUUGCAACGUCAAAACCACCCUGUUACCCGAAAUGCUCCGACCAAAACCCCGUUCGAAUCAACAGACUCUCGAAAAGACACCGCCGCCGGAUGGUACCAGCCCAGAUAUGUCAACGGGACAUCGAUCAACCAGGCAAAACAUAAAAGCGCUGAUAGAGCGGUUCAAUUUCGGUGCGGACCAGCACAAUUGUUGUCAAGAGGUCCAGGCCUUGGUGUACGUCAGCGAAAAAUACAAAACCAACGGAAAGAUUCGGCCGGAAUACGUCUUGCGGAUGCGAAGCGCAAUUGCCGAUGCAGCAGUUCUCGGCGUCUCGCAAGUAUUUCUGAGCAAAUAUGUUAAGCCGCAUCUUAUCGAGAGGAGUGUUCGCCCAACUUCACCAAGAGGUCGUGUUGGACAGCGUCGGGUACCAAGGCUGCCUAGACGAAACAACCACAAGCCUGCAAGGCUUACUCUACGCCCCCCAAAAGGCCGCGCAACAAAGCAUAGGAGACAUGGAAGCCAACGAAUGGUGGACCUGGCCAUUAUAGUUGAAACCGUUUGUAUCACGUCCUCAUCCUGA